AUAUAUAUAUGAGAUAUAUAUCAUAUAUGGGAGUUGACGAUCAGUGCUGUCCGUCCAACUGAUGGUGAAGAAGCGAGAGUAGACAACAGCGGGCGUAACGCCGUCGACUUCGAAUCUGCUUUGAACUUGAAGAAGAAGAAGAAGAACGAGAAGAUGAAGAGAUGUAGUCGAUCGGAAGUGCUGCGAAAGGAGAGGGACCGCAUCGAGGAAGAGAACCAAAUGCUCAGGCAGACCGUGGAGCAGACCAUGAAGGAUUACUACGAUCUUCAAACAAAGGUCGAACUUCUUCUUCGUCGUGGAACCGAUCAUAACCCUAAGGCUUCCCAGACUUAUCUCUCGCUCUGGGGGAAUGACAAGCAAAUUCUGGACCACCCGAUUGAGGCAACUCAGUGUAAGGAAACGUCUCAGUCGAUGCCCUCCUUGAGCAAGGAUGAUAAGGAUGCGAUGACCGUUGAAACUGAUCACUUGGGGUUAUCACUGAAGAUACGAAACUGCAGAGACAGUCACCGAUAUCCUGACAUGGAACGGGGUUCGGAAUUACAGCCAAUUUCUUCAAUGAUCCAAGAAAAGAUGCCACCAACAAGGAACGAGCGGGACAGCAUCAUGGCGGCUGGUCUUUCCAAAUCCGCAUUCAACAGAAAGAAUAGGGUUUCUGUUCGAGCACGAUGUGAUUCAGGCACGAUGAAUGAUGGUUGCCAGUGGAGAAAGUACGGGCAGAAAAUUUCUAAAGGGAAUCCGUGCCCGAGAGCUUACUAUCGAUGUACCAUGGCACCGGGAUGCCCCGUUAGGAAACAGGUCCAGAGGUGUCUAGAGGACAUGUCGAUUUUGAUAACCACGUACGAAGGAACACAUAAUCAUCCUCUACCCGUGGGAGCAACGGCCAUGGCUUCCACCGCAUCAUCAUCGAAACCAGCUCCUGAUGCAGCGGCUCCCUUCGUGUUGCUCGAUCCGAGUAGACACGGCAUUCCCCAGCUUCCCUCACCCGAUGCCACAGCUAGUAACUUCGUGGCCCACUGUCAAAUGCCCUUUCCUAUAAAUAACCAGUCAGCAAGCACAUUGCUGAUGAAGAUGAUGAACCCUCAUUAUUAUGUAGCUAAUUGACGGUGGUGCAUGGAACAUCAUCUUAUCGCCGCCAUUAUCGCCGAGUGAUGAGGAUCCGAUGUAGUAGUUGGAAGCAGAAGCAGUAGCUAGCCGAAAGACAAACGAGAAGCAUACAACGAGCCGUCAGGAAGUCUUCAUCAUCGGCCGAUCGGUCAUCGAAACUUAACAACCACAUGGUUGCUUCAAAUUCUAUGUUCAUUAGUGUUUGUAUGCCAAUUUACGCACUAAUUUUUUCGGUGUAAACCAUGAUAUUCGGAUAUCCAAUUAGACCAUAAUUAAUUCAGUCGAGCCAGAUCGGUUUCCGUAGUAAUUUGCUCUAUUAGGAUCAGUUUCCGAGAAAUUGAACGUAUAUGUACUUGGACCGUGGCAUUUUGAUUGGGUCACACCGGCCUGGUGUUCAAGCCCAUAACUGGUUUACAUUUUUAAGGAGCGGGCCGAGUCUCGGUUGACCGUCA